AUGGCCAUGCACGACUCGACAAUUGGCAGUAUACACACAAAGACCUGGGCUAAAUACUAUGUCAGGUUCCUGGAGGAGUAUGCCAAAUACAACCUAUCAUUCUGGGCCGUGACCACAGGCAACGAGCCCUCUGCUGGACAGAUGACCAACUACAGUUUCCAGGCUCUGGGCUUCACAGCAGAGGAGCAGAGGGAUUGGGUGGGCCUGGACCUUGGCCCCGCCCUGCACACCUCCACACACCCCCACACACACCUCCUCAUCCUGGACGACAACAGACUGCUACUGCCACACUGGGCUAAAGUGGUCCUCAGUGAUGUGCGUGCUGGCAGGUAUAUCCAUGGUGUUGGAGUCCACUGGUACCUGGACACUCUGGUGCCGGCAGAGCUCUCCCUGGGCACUACCCACCACCUGUACCCAGAAUACUACCUGUUUGGAACGGAGGCCUGCGCUGGCUGGAGCCCCACAGACAGAGGAGUACGGCUGGGUAGCUGGGAGAGAGCUGAGCAGUACGCACACAGCAUCAUACAGGACCUGAACCACUAUGUGGUGGGCUGGACAGACUGGAACCUGGCUCUGGACCAAGGAGGAGGGCCCAACUGGGUGAAGAACUUCGUGGACAGCCCCAUCAUCGUGGACCACAGCCGAGACAUCUUCUACAAACAGCCCACCUUCUAUAGCAUGGCCCACUUCAGGUACUGUCCCACCUUC